GCCCCAGCACAGGCAGCUCUGCCACUGCCCCUGCCUCAGCCCAGCAUGGGGACAGCAGCCAGGGUGGUGUGUGCCCUCCUCAUCCUCUCCACGCUGUGCUGGCACAGCCUGGCCCAGAGAGCUCCAGCCAUGCCAGACAAGUGCUGCUUCAACUUCCAGACAAGAAGGAUCAAGAGGGACAACGUGGUGGCCUGUUACCCCACCAGCCCUGAGUGCCCACACCAGGCUGUGAUCUUCAGGGUGAGGAAUGGGAAGGAGAUCUGCACCCAGGCCAGCAGGCCGUGGGUCAAGAGGUACCAGCAGAGCUUCCAAGUCAGCUCCUUCUCCAUCCCCAGCUAGCCAGGGCUAGCUCCAUCCCACCCCUGGGCUGGCUGGGGACAGCGGGGACACCAAGGCAGAGGGGACACUUCUGGAUGGAGCAGCUGACAG